AUGUUUGACUAUGCUUCAUCUAAUAACCCUGAAAAAAACGUUUCCAAUAUUAAUCCGCCUGAUGAGGAUCCUAAUACGAAUAUCUGGGGGGAGGAUCCCCUAAAAUCUCUCACAGAUUGCAAGACUGCUGACCCUCACCAUCAGGGUACUGAUGGUGAGGGUCCACUGAUGUGUGACUACCCUGAUACCGACGAAGAUUCUCUGACGACUAGCCCGGAAAGCCUUCAAAAGAACACCUUUAAUGAUCGAUAUCGUGAAGGUCAAGCUCAUAAACAAAAUUGUCUUAGCACCUUUUAUGAUGAUGAUGACUCAGUCAGCUCAGACGAUCUAGAGAGAAGUGACAAUGAAAAUAUUGCUGGGCGUGCUGGAACAGACCAGAAUCUUUUGAAAGAAAACAAACCCGUGGAAGAGAUGUCGAAAUUGGCCGAUAAAGAUGUCGAUAAGGAUAUCAAAGAAGAAAAAGAAAUAGAUGGUCUUUUAGACCCGAAGACUCCUGAAGGUGGGGAUUGGGAACCCACUGAGGAAUGCAUGAGGCGGAGCCUCGAAAUAGCCAGCAAGAAGCUCAGAGAGUGGAAAAGAAGUCGAAAAAUUAAGAAGGGGACCUAA